AUGGCAAUUAUAAAAACGGUCAAUUCUCAAAAUAAUAAAACCAAUAGCAAUCAAAGAAGAGCUCGAGCAGAAAUCGAUACUACCGGCAGGCGCCAUAUUUUUCAAAUUCGUGGUGGACCAUAUCAAAUUAGUCGUCGAACAAACGCAUCUUCAAAGAGCAGUGAUACCAACGAAAAAAAUAGUUGCAAACGUUGUGUUAUUUCUGAACAACUGCUUAAUAUAUUCGAUACAAGAUUGGCUGAAAUUCAAACCAAGAUCGAUACUAUAAGUGGAACACAGAGAAAACUGCAGUCGAAUCAAAAUUUUUAUAGAUACCAAUAUGAGACAAAGUUUUCUCGUAUGAAUAUCGAUGAUUUAAUUAAGCUUUCAGCUAAAAUUGGAAAUUAA